AUGAAGGUCACCGCUCCUAUCCUCCCAUUCAUUGCCUCGGCCACUGCGUCGUGCCUUCACGGCACCUCACUGCUUCCCCGUUCCGCCGAUGGCCUCGUUGAAAUCAACUCGUUCAACUACACAAACACCGGUGGCCCUCUGACCUGGUACGGCCUCAGUGAGAAGAACUUUGCCUGUUCCAAGGGCAAGCAUCAGUCUCCUAUCGACAUUGUCACCGAGGACAUUGACUAUGCUGCUGCCAACUCAAUUCGCUUCAAUGUACCUAGUGCCGACAAUGCCAAAUUUGAGAACUUGGGCUCUGGCCUCGCGUUCCACUUCCACACUCCUGAGUACCGUAUCAAUGAGGAGUACUACCCCAUGGAUGUCCACUUCGUCUUCGAGAACUCAGACAAGGCCUUUGCUGUUGUUGGCCUCGUCUUCGAGCUGCCCUAUUUCAGCAACUCCACUCCUCUCUUCGACUCUGUCUUCGCCCACAUUGACGACAUUGCCACUCCUGGUACCUACACCAAGACCGAUCACCUCGAUUUCACUGCCCUGGUGGCUCACCUGAACUCUCACGGCAUCUACCGGUACACCGGCUCCCUCACUACUCCACCUUGCUCGGAGAAAGUUGCCUGGUUCCUCAGCACCGAGCCCCUGCCUCUGAAUGUCCAGAGCUAA